GGAACAAUAAGACCAGUGCUUGCCACUAAUCCCAUCUCUUCUUCAGGGGAAAUACAGUGUGGGAGGUUACUGUAAUCCAAGAUGUCUGAUGCUGAUGAAGAAGUUGUAGUCGAGGAGGUGCAGGAGGAAGAAGAGGCUGCACCUGAAGUUGAAGAACCUCCUGCAUCAACAGCUGAAGAUGAAGAACCUGCAGAAGAAGAGCCCCCUGCCUCAACAGCUGACGAACCUGCAGAAGAAGAGUCUCAAGCUGCAGAUGAAGAUGAAUCCAAGCCCAAACCAAAGGCUUUUGCUCCAUCGAUAGCUGUGCCAAAGAUACCUGAGGGAGAGAAAGUCGACUUUGAUGACAUCCACAGGAAGCGUCAGGAGAAAGAUCUUUCUGAGCUGCAAUCUCUGAUCGAGGCCCACUUCAUUCAGAGAAAGAAGGACGAGGAGGAGCUCAUCGCUCUUGUUAACAGGAUUGAGAAGCGUCGUGCUGAGCGGGCUGAACAGCUGAGGAUCCGCACUGAGCAGGAGAAAGAGAGGCAGACUCGUCUUGCUGAAGAAAAGGAGAGAAAGGAACAGGAGGAAGCACGUAAGAAGCACGAUGAGGAUGCCAAGAAGAAAAAGGCUCUAACAAAUAUGACUCAACAGUAUGGAGGUGUCCAGCAGAGGCAAGAUGGAAAGCGAGGUGCAAAGAAGCAGACAGAGAGAGAGAAGAAGAGGAAGAUCCUGGCAGAGAGGAGGAAACCUCUCAGCAUUGACCACCUCAGUGAGGACAAACUGAAGGAGAAAGCCAGUGAGCUAUGGCAGUGGUUGAUGUCGUUGGAGGCUGAGAAGUUUGACCUCACAGAGAAACUGAAGAGGCAGAAGUAUGACAUCAAUAUACUCCAAGCUCGAAUCACUGACCAGCAGAAGUUAUCAAUCUGCUCCAGGCUCGCGUUCAGGCCACCCAAAGUGCCAAAGGAAGAGGCAAGGGCAAGGGCAGGCUGAGAUAGACGGUCGCAUCAACAGGAGAUCUCAGAGGCACCUGAACAUGUGCAGCAGUGCUGAAUUUGAUUCGACACUCUACAUUUUAACAACACAGCAUUGUAUGUUUGUUAAGG